UGUCCUACAUGUUCAUUGCAUUUAUGUUGGUCUUAUUACUUCCCUUAAACCGUGUAUACUUUGGGAGCUAUGCUGAGAGGGGAGUACAAGAGUUUGUCCUUCAGGCACUGUGGACAAAAGUGAACUGUAUGUAUCUGUAUGGAACUCGGUGCAGGCGGUUGUGGCUCCUGUCGCCGUAGACAGGACAGACGCAACACGGAUUCACUUUAUCGUCUGCUGUUAGAGAUAAUUUUCUAAACGGAAACCAGCUGUCGGGCUUCAGCGACAAGCAAUUGUUUGGGUGUUCUGGGAUAUUAUCACCUUCAUUAACUACCGCACCCUCCUUGUUCGUAAAUCCGACAGACUCAUUUCGGAGUUCGCUCCACCGUGAAGCCAGCCGCACCACAUGCCUUCAAUGCUUUCGGUUGUUGCGAGCUUUGUUUUGUCUCUUCGAGAAACCGGAGUGAAUGGGAGAACUCAUAUCGAGUUCAGAAGAACGAACGUCUGACAAUCAGCAUUUUUUUGUAAUGGUAUUAGUAUGAGAACAAGAUUAGCACUGUCCGAAGAUGACUUAUUUUAUUCCUAUUUCCCGUGAUUUUUAACCUCUCCGCUGCAGCCAGUCUGCCUUUGGACUUUUCUUUUAUUGUUGAAUAUGCCUCUGGUGAAAGUUUUGGGUUAUCCAACGAAGAGACUGCUCUACGGCUUUUACUGCACUGUACAAUAGAUGCGUGCGGAAAGUGGAAGCAGUGUAACUCGAGGCGGGGUUAAAGUUCAGCUCUAUGGGGUGGUGAAGCGUUGGUUGCAGUUCGCAGAGUUGGAAAUGUGAAAGCAAGAAGCAGGCUUUAUUUUUCCCUCUCUCUCCCUUCUGUCUCUCCUUUUUUUCUUUCUUUUCAAAACACGGACACAGCCAUCACGGACACAGCCAUCACGCAUACACGGGCAAACACGGACACACACCCACACAUAAUUCACACAUACACACACACUCACUCACACACCAUCACACACAUAAACACGCAGACCCGUUCGUGUAACCCAAACACACACACAUACAUACACCCUCCACAUCCAAGAUUAGAUACAACAGAUAUGUAUUCUCCGCUAUGCCUAACACAGGAUGAAUUCCAUCCUUUCAUCGAAGCUCUGCUGCCCCACGUGCGAGCGUUUGCCUACACAUGGUUCAACCUGCAGGCCCGCAAGCGAAAGUACUUCAAGAAGCACGAGAAGCGCAUGUCUAAGGAAGAGGAGCGCGCAGUGAAGGACGAGCUGCUCAGCGAGAAGCCCGAGGUCAAGCAGAAGUGGGCAUCGCGCCUUCUGGCCAAGCUCCGCAAGGACAUCCGGCCUGAGUUCCGGGAGGAUUUUGUGCUCACCGUCACCGGGAAGAAGCCCCCGUGCUGCGUGCUGUCCAACCCUGACCAGAAGGGUAAGAUGAGGAGGAUCGACUGCCUGCGUCAGGCAGACAAAGUCUGGAGGUUGGACCUGGUCAUGGUCAUUUUAUUCAAAGGUAUUCCCCUCGAAAGUACUGAUGGCGAAAGGCUGGUAAAGUCCCCACAGUGCUCGAACCCAGGGCUGUGUGUGCAGCCUCAUCACAUUGGAGUUUCUGUGAAGGAGCUCGACCUCUACUUGGCCUACUUUGUGCACGCAGAUGGCCAGUCAGACAGUCCCAACCAGCAGAGUGAGUCUGACAUCAAGGACCAGCCUGAGAACGGACAUCUUGGCUUCCAGGACAGCUUCGUCACAUCGGGGGUCUUCAGUGUUGCUGAACUCGUGCGAGUCUCACAGACCCCAAUCGCAGCGGGAACGGGUCCUAACUUCUCGCUGGCGGACUUGGACAGCUCCUCCUACUACAGCAUGAGCCCCGGGGCCAUGAGGCGACCCUUACCAAGUACCUCCUCCAGCAGCUCGGCCAAGAGGAUCAAGUGUAUGGAGGAUGAGGUGGACAGUCCAGGAGAGGAGUCCUACUACCCGGGCCAGGGUCGCUCCCCGGGCAGCGGCAGCCAGGCCAGCAGCUGGCACGAAGUGGAACCAGCUGGAUAUAAACUGCGUGGCUCGCUAGCUAGUUCGUUCAUCUCAAGACAAGGGAUGCCAUCGCCCACCACAUUAAAGAAGUCAGAGAAGUGUGGUUUCAGCAGCCCUGUCGUGCCUUCGCAGACCACCUCCUCCCCCCGAACGGCAUUCACACACCAUCAUCGGCCUGUCAUUACAGGACCUAGAGCGAGUCCCCACGCCACGCCGUCGAGUCUCCACUUCCCCACGUCGCCCAUCAUCCAGCAGCCCGGCUCCUACUUCUCCCACCCGGCCAUCCGUUACCACCCCCAGGAGAGCCUCAAGGAGUUUGUCCAACUUGUCUGCCCCGACUCUGGCCAGCAGGGAGGACAGGUGGGCUUCCUUAACAAGUAUGCAGAAAUACCAUGGGGGAAAUACUGUACAAGUGGUCGAAGAGAGAGCACUGCAGUGGAGCCCAACGGAAGCAGUCAGGGGAAGGUCCACAACCCAUUCCUGCCCACCCCCAUGCUGCCCCCUCCACCCCCGCCCCCAAUGGCGCGGCCCGUACCCCUGCCUGUGCCAGACUCCAAACCACCAUCCACCUCCACCGAGGGAGGGGGCAACUCCCCCACCUCGCCAACCUACUCCACACCGAGCACGUCCCCAGCCCAGCGCUUCGUCAGUGUGGGCCCCCGAGACCCCAGCUUUGUAAAUAUCCCUCAGCAGCCCCAGUGGUACCUGGGAUAAGGACUCCAGACCCCUCACCGCCCGCUGGACAGAUCGCUGGACCCCUACUUUCUCCCCUGAGUGCGACCCGACCUGAACCGACCAACACCCCGCAAACGUGCCCACGUCUGACAGAGAGAAGCCCAACACCCCGCCCCCCCCAAUCUGUCACCGUCUCCUCAUCCCCAGCGCCUGAGAGACUAGAGCAUCAGCAUGGCUACAACAACCCCCCCCCAGAAAACAAGAGGAGAGCUACUCACUGCUAGAUACACUAUAUAUCUAUAUAGCCCAUAUAUAUCCCCCAUUCAUGGUUGGUUUAUAUGCCUAUAUUCAUAUAUAGUACCAGUCACCUCAACUGUUUAUUGGAAGAGAGCUAGCAGCCUAUAUAUCCUGGGAAAGUGCACGUCGUCUUGUUCCUUUUCUUUCUUCUCGUCCACCCCACUUUGCCACGGAGGGGGCAUAAUCAUGUGACUAAAUCAAAGAGCUUCCCUAUACCUUUCGUCGUCGUAGCCGAACUUUGAAGAGGGUCCGGCGGGCGAGAAAGGGACAGAGAGCUAUGCGUCCUGUGUACGUGUAUGUGCCGAAACGAGGGGAAAAUCAAAGCUCUUGUUUCCUCUCCGUCUUUGCCCCCUUUCCCCCUCUCUCUGGUUGUUUCCGGACUCUGUUGAGUUUGUUGGGGGUUAUUGCCCCUGGUUGGGUGGCUCGCGGAUGUGGAGGUUUUAGCUGGGUCGGAUACCAACCAGUUAAUACCCCCCCCCCCCCCCCCCCCCCCCCACCACCACCACCACCACCACCACCAUCUAUCCACACCCCACCCUAUCCCACACUCAACCCUGAGGAGGGACUCUCCCCCCACAGCCGUACCAAGAGGCUGAAGGCCUUCACCCGGCCACAUGGCUUUUCCAGGGACAUCUAGCAGUGCAAAUGGAACCCCAUGCAGAGGAGAACAACCUACCAACCAUCACACCGUGAACUCAUAGGGCAGGGGACGAGGGAGGGGAUGGGGUAUUGAUGUUUAAUAUCGGUCAAUCGGGUGACAUAUUGAAGCUGGUAAAUAGGCUGCAACGAGAAGAGAAGUAUUUCAACGAGAGGCUUGUGAGAAAAUAACUUCUGUCUGGGAGGCUUGUUCAUGUUUCAUUUUUGUAUAAAGGUAAUUUCAGUUCUUUCCGAUCAACCCACAAACUAACGGUCUGUACGAUGCUAUACAAUGCAAAGGGCAGGUAGAAGGUCUGUAAUUCUACUAACUGACUAGACGGGAGACAUCCGUGACUUACGUGAACAGUGGAAUAUUGAAUUGAGGAAAGUGCAAUUUCGUUGGAUAGCGGUUGGAUAGUUAAAUGUCUUUGUAAGAUAGGUCGUUGAAACAAUUGGUGAAAAGUAUAUAUAUUUUUCUUCCUAGUCCUUUCACACCUCCGGGACUCUAAAAUAUCGGGGUACAAAAAAAAAAAACGUCAAUUAGAACGAUAGCCUUGUGAGAAAAUAAGGGGAGCUGUAUUUUUUGUUUGUUCAUCUUGUAAAUUUGUUUGUAUUGUAGAACAAAAAAUCCCUUUAAGAAAUAUAAUUUUAAAGCAUCUCUUGCAGCUUUUGACUGCGAUUCAUUAUUUUUUUUUAAACGCAAAAUGAUUAACUUAUUUUAAGAAAGCACAUGAUUUUAAAUAAAGAAUUAGCGGCUUAAAUUCUCAUGAGGCAAAAUCCGGAACAACUUUGUUGUAAAAAUUAUAUUAUAUGGGCGUCCAAGUUCUGGUUUGAUUGGCUAGACCUUCUCUAAGCCUUGUCCAAUCGGAAGCACUUAUUCCUGCAGUUGGCUUAUGGGCUGGGGGUGGAAGUUCAGUGAGAAAGAGAAAAAGCAGAGGGACCCUCUGUGAGCAUUUGUGUUGCGAACACGUUGAUAUCUACAUGAAGGCAAGAUCGCAACCAGACGGCGAAGCUUUUCAGUCGCUUCGCAUGCAAAUGACCAUUUUAUUAAAGUUUUUGUUUUUGUUUUUGUUUCCUAUACUAUACAUACUAUAUAUAUACACUCUUAUGACCGACUCAUCCACUGUCGAUCAAAAACGUAUUAAAUCUAUUUAAAAAAUCAACAAAAAAAAAUCUGCAUGUUCUGGUGUUAGUGACACAUUUUUACAUAGAUUAUGUAGAGUUAGUGAAUAAAGACACUAUUGUAAUCCCAACAUCAGGCACUUGCCACAAUAGUCUAUAUUUGUUUGGCCCCUCGAGGCUUUUUUAUUUUAUUUUUACUGCUGUCCUUCACAAUCAACCAGCUGAACGUCUUUAAGACUCUUAUUCGCUUCUCAUCAUUUCGGAGUCGUUUUUUCCUAUUUCGUUCCCUCUUGAAAUGAUCCGUUCUCGUUUCUUCUUAAAGUAUAUAUAUUUUGUUUGUAUGUUCUCAAAUUGCACGAAACAAUUGUUCCUCAUCAAUGUGCCUUGAGCGAUGGUCUAGUCCCGAGUUGUUGCACAAUGUUCCAAUGUGGAGAGUUACAUUUCCCCCCCCCCCCCCCUUUGGAUUUAUUAGUUUCAUCCCCCUCCCAUUGUGUAGGAGUUGAUCACAGUUGUAAUACUGAUAAGGAACAUGAAAUAUAAUGAAAUUGCUGGUUAUAAUAAGCAGUAUUACAUCUGCUAUUGGAAGACCUCUCAGGCCCGUAUACAACAGUGCUUUUUCUUUCUAUGAUGCAACAUGGAAGUGCUGUGUGAGUACAGGAUCUGACAUACUAUCUCUGUCUUGUACUGCUGUUAAACGAGGCCAGAGUCAAUCACCCUGAUAGUGCCCCAUUUUUAGUCGUUCAGUGAGUAGGAAUAGAGCUCUUAGCUUUGUAUCUUAUAGAUAGUUUAGUUAACCCCCGAGCCGCCCCCUACUUGAAACCCAUUUUUUUGAGAAUGUUGAGAAUACUAGUCUAUUGAUAUUUAUGGAUGUUGCUGAAAUUUCUAAAUGGAAACGACCUUUUGUUUUGGAGUCUUCCUGUUUUUUUGUUGUUGUUUUUUUUUUUCGUCUUUUUUUUUCUCCCAGAAGUGAAUAAUGAGAAAGAUAUAUGCAAUACCUGCUUGCACUCAUGUAGACAUACACUAGUCAUUUUAUUUAGUCGUUUUUUUGGGGUGAUCUUUUUUAUUUUAUUUUUUAUAAAGUUAGCCUGCACUUGACUGGCUGCAUGGUUGGGGGUCGGUCCAUUUGGCAGACCCACUCAUGGAGAACAAAGGUUUCGCAAAGCCUAGUCAGCCUCGCUCGGGUACAUGACUUUAUUUGUAUUCAACACGUACAAGAUGACCGCAAAAUAUAGUAGGGUUCUCCUUUUUGUAUAUUCUUGGUCACAAGCAAGCCUUUCAACAAGUCAAACUUCCUCUCCAUCACAAAAUCCACAUUUCCGACAGACUAAGAAAUAUGACGUCCAACAAGAACAAAACUCCCACUUUCUAUACCCUUUACUUCAAACGGACUUCCAAAUUGCAUAUAUAUGAAUUGUUUAUCUGUCUAUUACAUAUAUCAUUUUUAAAUAACGACAGUUUGAGUAUUGGGAAGCCUUUCCCAAGGUGUCCAACGUGAUGGUUUAGUAGUAACACGUGCGUGGGUUGUGUGUUUCAUUUAGUAGGACCGUUUUUGUUUUGUCUUUGUUCUUGCCUACCCUUUAGCGAUGAGUUGGGCAUUACUUUCUUAAUUAUCUGCACUAAAAUAUGAAAUAAAUGACAAUAGUGAGAAUUAUUGAAAAACUGCUUCCAGGGCUUUAAAAGAGCGAAGGGGGGGAAAAAAAACUAUUGCACGGACAUUUUUGUCACAAAACCUUGUUGUGGACAGCCUAGCAUCUAAUCAGCAAGAUUUGGCUGUGUGUAAAAUACGACAAAAUUGCACCCUUUUUAAAGAAAGAAAGAAAAAAAGAAAGACUAAAAGCAAUAGUUUGGGCAGUCUGUUUUUGUUCUUGUGUUGUGUGUGUCGUUUAGUUAUGGGUACAGAAGUGGAGGAAAGAUGUGGUGAUGAUGAGAAAGAGAGAGAGAGAAAAAAGCUAUAGAGCAAGCAAGGGCCGAAAGGCCUGACUGUGGGAGACCUGUUGUUUGUAUGUUGUAUAGUUUUAUUAAUUACACUGAUUUUAAAGCUGCCCUAUUUUAUAAUGCAGGACUUUUGUAACAUUAAUUAAAUGAGGAAAAAACUAGUGUUGUGAAUUCUCUGAUUGUUUGUAUUAAGGCCACAUUAAUAGAACUGGUUUUGUUUGUUCCAUGGGAACUGGAUUUAAGUUGAAAACUUUCCUGUUUCCUGUUUCCUUAUCUUUUUCUUUUUUUUCUUUCCUUUUUGUAUGUAUUUAAGGACUUGUUCUUCUUUUGAUGGUAUAGCGUAUUCCUAUACUUAAAAAGUAUAGGGUAUUGAGGUGAAAAGCCCAUUGUAAAUGGAUGUUACAGUAUGCUAUAUGUUGAAGGUUAUUUGUUGCAUCAGUGUUGAUGAAGCUAAAUCUAGGUAAUUCUGAGGAAAUUGGUAAGAAGAGUGUUUUUGUUUUUUUAAUGCAUUUAAAAUUUAGUUUAGGCAGAAGACAAUGACAUAGACAGCCAAAGGAUGCCCCUAUUAUAAAUGCAUCUCGGCAUCUUUUUUUUUUGUGUUCACCAUUCCAUGCAGGAAAAUAAACAGCUUGAUAUGCAACAUGGUUCUUUUUCACAUAUUUCUUUCCUUGUCCCACUCUCACCCACUUCCUCACCAGAAACCGUGGGUCCUCUCAAACCACUUUCCAUUCACACGCUCACGUGCGGCUCUUCAUGGCAUUUGCAAAACACACACACACAGUCCACAUACACACGGCUCUUGCCUAGAUAGAGGUGAGUUGUUCAUGUAUUGUCCAACUUUUGUAAAACUUUUCAUCAAGGCUAUGAACAGCCUAUAGACUGGCGCUGUGUGGGAAGGUGUUUGGCAUAACCUGUACAUCACUUAUCUGCAGUCAACCCUCUGCGCCCUGUAAAACAUACUGGGGACCUCAAGAAGGUUAUGACACUGAGGCGCUUGAUGCUUAACCGAAUCAUCAAAAUGUCAUUCACAUUUGUGCUAAAUGAGAACCUUUUUUGAAAAUCACAUCCUCAAAUGGGAGUUUACAACAUAACCCACAGGGGCCUUGAACACUACUGACAUUUUCCGUUCUACUACUUGGCUUCCCUCUCCUUGCGCUACCAUAUCCUAACCAUUAUCACACCAUUCACCAGACCCACGGGCAUCAACCACAAAACAUACACGCCUUUAACUCACUCAGGAUGGCUUGGCGAAGAGGAGGCUUUCCUUUUACAUACCCACAUCUUAUUUUGAGCUUCUUAUUCUCAACAUUUUGCCAAAUACUCCUCCGGAGUGUCUCAAAUCUAGUUAAUGAAAGAUAGAACUGGUCAAUAUCAUCCAGUGCAGGGUGGAGUACCAACACGUGCCUGUCAACGGACUCACUCGAUCUCUGUAAUCAUUUGACAGACCACCAUUAAGCCACACCUGAAUGGUAGCCCUAUGUGUAAAGUGCCAUACAGAGUCUCAUUUGUUAGCCCACAGAGUCCAAUAGUUAGGACCCCUAGCACUCUUUAAAAAGUAUUACAAUAUGAAUAUGCUGCUCAUGUUGGAGAAGUGGGGCAAUCCAAGAGAAAUAGAGGGGGAACAAGCGGCUCAUUUUGACGAUCUGUCUAAUCUGAGGCUACAAGAGGAGUGCUCACAUCGGCCCGUUCCCUCCCUUUUCCAUCCACUCACAUCGGCCCGUUCCCUCCCUUUUCCAUCCACUCACAUCGGCCCGUUCCCUCCCUUUUUCAUCCACUCACAUCGGCCCACUCCCUCCCUUUUCCAUCCACUCGGCCCGUUCCCUCCCUUUUUCAUCCACUCACAUCGGCCCACUCCCUCCCUUUUUCAUCCACUCACAUCGGCCCGUUCCCUCCCUUUUCCAUCCACUCACAUCGGCCCGUUCCCUCCCUUUUCCAUCCACUCACAUCGGCCCACUCCCUCCCUUUUUCAUCCACUCACAUCGGCCCACUCCCUCCCUUUUCCAUCCACUCGGCCCGUUCCCUCCCUUUUCCAUCCACUCGGCCCACUCCCUCCAUUUUCCAUCCACUCACGUCGGCCCACUCCCUCCAUUUUCCAUCCACUCACAUCGGUUAGGUUCUUAGUUCCAUCCUCACGGAACGUUAAUAUCUGUUAUGACCAGUGGUGGGGUCGUUACCAAAAAAAGGUUAUAUAUUACCUAACACAAGUAGCCCAAUAAUGACAGACACAAGCAUUUCCUGUACUACAUUCCCAGCUACAAGCUUGUUCAGCUCUCCCUGGGGUACAGCCUGUUCUCCUGAUUGAUUAAAAUCCAGCCUUGGUUGUUUGGAUGAGGUUGGCUUACAGUCAUCUUCAGCAGCAGUGGUCAGGCCUCGGGGGUCUUUUGCUGCGAGUUUUGUCUUGGCCUGUUUCUUUUCCAGGUGCUUCAAGUGAUUUGAAGUUGCGUUUUCAGCAGUGGAGAGGUGUUUCUCGCCUUGGCACAGUUUACGUUUGACAGUUAUAUUCUUAUCAUUUUGUCCUCUUACCUAAUCAAUGUAAUGGGAGUACUUCCACGCUGGGGAACUCUAUGUUUAAGACACUUCUGUCAUUUUUUCAUCUCCCUGACUUAAGCAGUUAGUCGUUAGUGCAUGCGAAACUGGAAUUUGGUGAGAGGAUGUCAGACUCAGGAUAAAAACAAUUAGAAUCUGGGACGGGGAUUUUGAAAUAUUGCGCCCACAGAGGGAAGGAAUAAUAAUCAUCUGAGAUGUUUAUUUUGGAUCAAAAACUGUAAAAGGAAAGGAAUUAUAUAAAAAGUAACUAAAGUAACAACGACCUAUCUUUGAUCAGUUGUAAUAUUAUUACUCAAAUCGAACAGCACUCCGUUAGAUUACUCGUUACCACCAAAAAAAAGUAAUCUUAUUGUAAUGCGUUACUCCCAACACUGAUUACACCUAACACGUUUCACUGCACCUGUUGUUAUUUUUAUUUUUUGAAAUGCGGAUUAUGACCACUAUUGAAGCUGCUCUUGAGGAAUUCUACCACACGAUUAGGAAACGGUGGAAUAAAGGUCUGGCUUUGCAAAUGUACAUCAAAGGCCUUUUGUUGUCGUUCGUCGGUCCCAAUUAUUGUGGACAUUGUUGCUGUAUUGAUUUCCCCCCAAGCAACUGUACUUGUAGAGUCUUUGGUUCAGGACUGAAGAAAAGCCUAAUAGAAUGUCGUUCAAUGGUAAUGGCAGAACGUUUCAGGCUCCCAUCAGGGUAUUUCGAAAGUUCACAACAAAUAAUACUUUCAAUCAAUUUAGAGACCUAAAUGUGUGAAAUAUACCAAUUGGGAGCUGAACAUAGAGCGAAUGGCAUUCGCUAACGGCGUUACAAUCAUGCACGGUGUGGCUUCAAUGACACCUGAGAUACUUCUGUUCAAAGGGACUAGAUACCAGCUGAUCUCUUUUCUGUCUGACGUUGAAUCCAGAUCGACAAAUUCUGGCCAUUCCUGUUGUACCUGUGCUAUUUCCCCUUUUGUUUUACUCCUUUGGCAUAGUUUAGGGGUUGAUAAUAUUUCGAAAAGGACAAUUCAACUAUUCAAAGAAAAGAACACAUGUUCACACUGUUGCCUGUUGAUAGAACCAAAUUCAUUGGAAAACAGCAAGGGACAUACUGUUUGUUACGUUCUCUUUGAAGGGAUAGAGGAAAGUAAUUUGACGCGAAGAGCGGUAACAUGGAAGAUGUUCACUAGCGCUCCUCUGUAACGAGUAAAUACAUUGUCGCUAAUCCUUUGCAAAGAUAUUUAAUGUAUCCUCUUGCAAAACCAUUACAUGGUGCUAAGUACUAAAUCAAGCCGGGCGAGGGGGAGAGAAACGAUAAAAGGGGACAAUUUGAACUUACUAUCAUGCUUUCUGACAACGUAUAAAGCAUAGCAGUUUAAUCUGCAUGAGAACUAUGCACUGAUGAAAUAUAUAUCCAUAAAGUAUAUUUACACAUAUUAUCCAUGUAUAUGUGUAUGUAUAUUUGAAAUGGUGAACUUUGGUAUCUACUUUGUUAAAUUCAGCCUUUGCCUUCUUUUAUGAUCAAUUAUUUUGUUUCGAGAUCCCAGCUCAAGGACUGAACUAGUUAUAUGAAAAUCAUAAAGAAAUCAAAACAAACCAGCAUAUUACAUGACAUAUGAAAAAGAUCAAAUGUAGUGCCUGUGAAAACUGUAUAUUGCUCUUCUGAAUACAAUAAUUGUUUGUAAUUGUUUAAAUCUCUGAACACCAGUAGCCUUUGCUGUCUGUCAGACCCCUCUGAUUAUAGCUAAUGUAAAAUAACCAUAAAUAUAUAACUGCAUGAUCUUCCAUAAUCGCCUAGUAAGAUGUUAUGAAUACAACAACAAAAAAUCGACAAAAAUCUGAAUGCUAUGUCUUUCUUUUUUUCCCUUCCUGUUACUUCUACCCCCUUUGACCCCUUCUCUUUCUCACCACUCCCUACAAAUUACAUGUUUUCUUUAUUUCUACACUUUGAUUGUAUUGAACCAUCCUGACUCCAUCCUCAUCCGACAGAGUUUUUUGGAGGGUAUUUGGUCUCUGGUGUUAGGUUGUGUUUUUGUUGGACUCCCUCCAAUCAAUCUCAUUGACUUUAGCGAUGGUUGUGGUACCAUGAUGACUGGGCCCCUGGACUCCUAUACCGACUGACCAUCGGCACUCAGCUCUCUCUCUCUGCUCUUGUCAAGUAUAGGAGUACCAUUGAUGAGAACCAUGAGAGCGCAGCAGCUCCAGUGUGAAUCUACCUUAAAGGCCCUUCCUACGGGGGGGGAAUCAAUGGCUGCAGUCAUUUCUGCUCUGUUCGGCACUAUCGACGACAGAAUCCCUCAUUGAGCUGCCGGGAGCCCCGAAGUUGGGCUUUCUGAGAGAGGCCUGCUCAGGCUCCCAGGGUAGCACUUCAAAAGAGCUGUGAAACAGUGCGAAGGUGAAUGGGUAAGGUCCAUAAAGACGGCUUCACACACCUAAGAGACUCUCAGCUAAACAAUGCUAAGCCCCAAUCCUGUUAGCUCGAUUGGCUCAUCUAACUCACCCGAGGAUAGACUUCCCAAUGUCUUAAAGCCCCAUGUUCCAAACUGGUCAGCCCGUCCAAUGUGGGAAGCGGCUAUCUUUGAAACCGAAAUUGAGGCAGUAGGCGAUUUCAAUCAGACGUGACUUACUUUCAUAAUAAAAGUGGAGCUUAGUAGACUAGUGUUUCACUUUUUGGAUGUCAAACUAGGAAGUUGAACUGCUGUCGAUACUUGUUCAUAUGGUGUGUUAGUGAAUAUGGCAACUUCACCCAGCCUUCAGUCUCAAAUCUCCACCAUGGUCAAGCUAGUUGUAACAAAGACAAUCUUGACAAAAGUCAGCUUGAGAGAAACUGAGUGACCGAGGGAGGAGAUCAGUGAACUCCUGGUUCAGUCUGAGUCACACAUCCCCAUCACGGAGUCCUCCAUUAUCCCAGAAUCCUCCAUUAUCCCAGAAUCCUCCAUUAUCCCAGAAUCCCAUCACUGCCUCCCCACGUCCUCAUAAACCACCAUCAGACGUUUUAUGAUUCAACAGAUAAGUGAAACUGACUAGAACCUUGUGCCUCUACUAUACUUUUAUGGAACAGAAGACGAUAAACCACUAAGCACCUAUUGUUUGUUGGAUGUUACUAGCUCCAUUGUUGUUUGACUGUCAUUCUAUCCAUCCUAUGUUAAGAUGGGAGUUGUUGUUACCACUCAGUUGUCCUGGGAACGCUUUGUGUGACUGUUUUUCCGUUUCCCUUUCUACUGUUGUUUCUUGUCAAACUGGUGUAGAAUCAUCCCUCUCGGCCCGUUAGUGAAACCAUCACAUCCACGCAGACUCAAUUACUGGAAGCAAGAUGUGCAUUUCCUAUGCAACAACAACAAAAACAUGAAAUAAAGACGCUAAUGCCGUA